AUGGUCUCUGCCAUCGUGGCUGACCACAGCGCUACUUCCUCCGGCAGCAUCAGCAUGAUAUUGAAUUGCCGCUUCCUGCUCUGCCUCUACGAGGCCGACGCGCCUCAGGAAAGGGAGAGCACACCAUCAACUUCCGAGUCGUCCUUCUCGACUCUCGACUUCGGUGGAGGAGAUCGGUCGGUGGGGUCAUCGGAGCUCCCAGAAUUCCUCAACUUGUUCGCAGGCACGAUCCGAUCCACCCCUGAUGAUAGCCCGGAGCUGCACACCUCUGAACCGACCCACCAGCAUGCGCGGGAGGUGGAAGUCUUGGAUGGAGAUGCUGGAGAGCUUGGAGAGGUCGGAGAACAACUCUGA